AAACCUGUCUGUGUGUAAAGGGCGCAUCGUCUCAAUGCCGCCUGCGCACAGCCGCGGGAGACGGACUGAGCUCACAGGUGGUUAGAACGCACAGGGUUGGGACACGCUGGCUGGCUGGGACUCCCAGCUGUGGCCUCCCAAAUCUAAAAUGAGGUUUGGAGCUCUUCUAGAACAGAUCUUCCAGGGCAAGGAGGAUAAGAUCUGAGAUGCCUUGUUUUCAAACUUCUGGAGGAUGUGAACUGCUAGAGAGAGGAGACGGAGGAAGGCAUUUCGUGGGUGUGCAGGAGGGGCAGAGGAGGGGUGUGUGUGGGGAGUGUAGCGGACAGGAGGAAGCCGGACAGAGAAGAGUUAUUUCUCUCCCCUCCCUGCCCCAUCAUCGUCCCGGAUCACCUAUUCCCUUCUCUUCGGCCCUCUCUGCAUGGCUGGUCAGCCGCCGGAAGAGUGGCUAGCACAGGCAGGUUGUGUGGCGGAGAAGGAGGGAUGACCAUGACCUAGCCUCCUGCCCAUCUUUACUCAAUUCUCACUUCCUGCCUGGCAGAAAAUAGCUCUGCCUCUCUGGCUUAUCUCAGCAAAGAGCAGUGCCCAGCCCAGCUCAGAGGGCAAUGGGACAGGUCCAAGAAGCCCUGAGGCCGUCAGGAACCUGGGCCUCGGAUGUGCACACAGGAAGCUGAAAGAGACCGAGGCGGGGGCGGUGGGGGGAGGGGGGAAGGAAGGCGGCGUCCGUGCUGGGGUGUGUGAGGGGUGUGGAGAGCAGGGGUUGUGCACUGGGCUGUCCCUAGGGUGCUCCCCUGGCCCCUCAAUGUCUUGGCGCUGGAAUCCGUCCGUGCACCUCUGCGUGAGGACGUGCUCCUGAGGCUGCCUGACACGCUCUGUCUGUCUGGGCACAGAGACUGAAGCUUGAGUGAGCUUGGGAAUAAAGCAAUGGACGAUGGGGCCCCACCCACGACCUUACCAUCUAGCCUGGGGUGACGGAAGCAAAUGAACACACACAAAAUGACCUGAGGAGUUCAAAGCAGCGAACUACUUAAGUGCUUAAGUAGGUCUCCACUGCUGCUGAAGCGGUGCCCCAAAGCGUCCAACCCCUGACAGCCAUCUGCCCUGCAGCCACAGCCCCCAUUCCCAUGCCCGGCCUGCACUGCGACGGUCUCUGCGCAGCCUCCAGGCCUCAGCCCGGAGAGGAACACGAUGUCAGGGCCCUAGCGUGCCCGAUGAUGCCCCCAGCCUAGCUCCUCCUCACACUGUGGUACGAUGGUGAACAACUCUGCCAGCAACUCCAGCUUUCCUCCCCCGUGCCCUGACUACCGGGACACCCACCGCCUGCACAUGGUGGCCUACAGCCUGGUGCUGGCCGCAGGGCUCCCCCUCAACGCGCUGGCCCUCUGGGUCUUCCUGCGCGCGCUGCGCGUGCACUCCGUGGUGAGCGUGUACAUGUGCAACCUGGCGGCCAGCGACCUGCUCUUCACCCUCUCGCUGCCCGUGCGCAUCUCCUACUACGCCCUGCACUACUGGCCCUUCUCUGACCUCCUGUGCCAGACGGCGGGCGCCAUCUUCCAGACCAACAUGUACGGCAGCUGCAUCUUCCUGACCCUCAUCAACGUGGAUCGCUACGCGGCCAUCGUGCACCCGCUGCGGCUGCGCCACCUGCGGCGGCCCCGCGUGGCGCGGCUGCUGUGCCUGGGCGUGUGGGCGCUCAUCGUGGUGUUCGCCGUGCCCACCGUCAUGGUGCACCGGCCCUCGCCCUGCAGCUACGCCGGCGGCCAGGUGCGCCUGUGCUUCGAGAGCUUCGGCGACAGGCUGUGGCAGGGCAGGCUGCUGCCGCUCGUGCUGCUGGCCGAGGCGCUGGGCUUCCUGCUGCCUCUGGCGGCCAUGCUCUACUCGUCGGGCCGGGUCUUCUGGACCCUGGCGCGGCCCGACGCCACGCAGAGCCAGCGGCGGCGGAAGACCGUGCGCCUCCUGCUGGCCAACCUCGUCAUCUUCCUGCUGUGCUUCGUGCCGUACAACGCCACGCUGGCGGUCUACGGGCUGCUGCGGGGCAACCUGGUGGCGGCCCGCGGCGAGGCCUGCGACAGGGUGCGCCAGGUGCUCAUGGUGAUGGUGCUGUUGGCCGGCGCCAACUGCGUUCUGGACCCGUUGGUGUACUACUUCAGUGCCGAGGGUUUCCGCAACACCCUGCGCGGCCUGGGCACCCCGCACCGCGGCAGGACCUUGGCCACCAACGGGGGUCAGGGGGCGCUUGCCGAGCAGUCCACCGAGACCACCCUCAUCACCAGUACGGCUCCUGCCAGCCAGGGGCUGCUCAGGCCUUCCAACCUCGGGACGCCCUUGACCCAGCACCCGGAGGACUCGGCCCUCUGAAAGCACAUCACCGGUCACCCCCACCUCCCAGGCCCCCGUGCCGCACACACGCACACACUCGCAGGGUGUGUACAUGAGGGAGGUGGGUUGGUCACUUGGACUUCUGGGUGGCAACUCCUGCCCAUAAAUGCACAAGAGAACAAAGUGUGGGGAGCCAGGGGCACAGGGAAGGAAGAGUGCUGGUGCAAAUGCCUUCUUUACUUGGGUGGUGAUGGUGAGCAUGGGCCAGAUCGCUUCCCCAGUCCCGAGGGAGUGAUGCUGUGAGCUUCCCCAAGGCAGAGGCAGACGCCCGGAUGGCAUGCCCUUGGUGUGGGCAUGAAACACUACGAGGAACUGGUAGAUGGAGCAGAAAAUGAGUGUCCUGGAUUUGGACCAACCACAGCAGUCUUAGUGCCUCAGAUGCCACCCACUCUCAUUUCCACCUGGCCUUGCCCUGCCCAGCACGGAGGCAUGAUAUAAGAGUUUACUGGAUACAGGCAGACUCGAUUUCAUUCUUGGUUAGUGACUUGUAACAAUUUAGUCCUGACACCCAGCAUGGGGUGGUUGGGGGCAGGACAGAACUGGAAGUUAGAGGGUGUUUUCCCCCUGGAUUCUGGUCCCUGCAGCCCUUUCUAGGUGUCCUUUCUCCUUCCACCCCACCCCACUUUCAAGACCUCCUCCAUUCUAGGUCCUAAAUUCUCUCUCUCUGCCUCUGGCGCUUCAUCUAGAAUUAAGGAGAAAAUUCUUGGUACUAAAGUAGCAGUUCUCAAACUUUGUUCUCAGACCCUUUUACAACUCUUAAAACUUGAGGAUUCCAAAGAGGUUUUGCUUAUACUUCUUUUGAUACCUAACCAUAUUAGAAAUUAAAACUCAUAAGUUCUAACAACAGAAACACACAAGCAUACAUUCCAUUAGCUGCGAGAGCAAUAAUGUCAUCACACUUCAUGAAGCCUCUGGAAAACUCCACUGUACAUCUGUGAGCGAGGAGAUUGCAAAGGACAAACAACAUGGUGGGAGUAGUAGUAUUCCGAAAAUAACUUUGACCUUGUGGACAUGCUCGGAGAGUCAGUAUUAGAAUUCAUGUGUAACUUCUUCCCAGGGCAUAUGUAUACAUUGUUUUUUUUAUUACUGAGGGGCGGGGACAGGGCAAUACUCCACAAAUCAACUGUUAAUUGUAGUCCCAAAGGCUUGAUGGUUUGCAGGGGUAGGUAGGAGCUGCACACCCAGUGCAACAUUACCUUGGGCUUCCUGGUGCGGGUGCGGCAGCUCUGAGGUGGGGGUGAACUAAUCACACAAACCCUCAGAGGAGGGGUGGGGCUUCUCUUUCCCAGGGAAGGGAAAGGGAACUGUUGCCACAGUCGGGAAAGAAGUUUCCAGGGAAAUAAGAGUGCAAUGGGAGGACAGGAAUAGGCUGUCUGUUCUUAGUAAGCUGGAGGCAAGGAAAUGCAAGACUGGUUAAUGGACCACCUCCUGUUUCCUUCUUCCCUCUUCACGGGAGUAGGGCUGGGAGGGGUUGCAGAGUUGGCAUCUUGAGACUCUGCAUAAGUGAGGAAGUUGCUGCCAUGCGUGUGUCCUGUAUGCAUUUCUGUCUCUAGGUCUCUCAAUGAUAUGUGUGUGUGCGAGAGAGAGAGAGAGAGAGAGAGAGAGAGAGAGAGAGAGAGAGAGAGUGUGUGUCAGGGUUUUCCUGUGUGUGUCUCUGGGUUUUUAGCCUGGAGUAAGCCUUUUGUGUGUCUUCAAGGGAUUGCUCCAGAUGGUGAUUUACAGGGGUAAAAUGACCCCUGGUGGCCAAAGCCGAGAACUGACCCAGAUUCCUCGGUGAUAGCUUUCAAGUAGAGCCUUCCACCAUCUGGUGGGAAGAUAGAGCCCUUGGCCAGGCCCUCCUGUAGCUCUGAGAGGCCUGAUGGCUAGCACCUGCUCCAUUUUGCUUCAUCCUUAGGGUUCAAGACCCAUGUCCCGGGAGCAUAAAACGUGGUGGUAGUCCAAAGUCUCAGAACUUUGCCCUAUCCAAAUUGAACUGAACACUGUUUUAAAAAAUUACUUGUGUGUUUUUAUAUUCUGGUAUGUGAAUGAAUUCCAAAGUAAUAAAAACUCACAUAGCAAGUACCUUCUAACAUACUAUAUAAUUAUUUAUUUUUAUAAUUUUUAUAGUUUUUUGUCUGUUUCUCUGCCCCUUCCUCCCAGGAAGAAUAUAAGGUCCCUGGGGGCAGGGAUUUUUGUUUGCUUGGUUCUCUGAUGUAUCUCUGGCAUCUAGAACAGCUCCUGGCACAGAAGAAGUGCUCAAUAAAUAUUUGUUGAAUGAUGAA